CACUCUCUCACUCUCUCGAUAGGAUGCGAUAGGAAAAUACUGCAACGGGUUUAUCCUCCCUCCUCGCCCCCUCUCGCUCGCCUUCUCCUCCGCCUCUUCGUCUUCAUAUAAAAGACGACAGCACCCCUUCCCCUCUGCCCUUCUUCUCCUCUUCUUCUCCCUCCCAUCGCCCCGACGUCGUUCACUUUUCAUUUCAUUUCCCCUCCUUCUCCGUCCUUCCCCCUCUCCCCUCCUUCUUCUCCCCUCUCACCCUCCCUCUCAUCUUCUGUUGUCGCAAGCAACCGAGCGAGAACCGAGCACUAACCAGCCAUGAGCGAAAAGAUUGAGGAGACCCACACGAAGGGUCAACUCCAAGUCGAGGAGGCUGAGCAUCACGAGCACAGCGAUGAAAUCUCGCCCGAGCUCGAGGCUCUCCUCCAAACCGACCCCAAGCACGGUCUGACCACUGCCGAGGCCGCCGAGCGCCUCGCCCAGUUUGGUCCCAACGAGCUCGCUGAGGUCAAGCGCAACCCCUUCCUCAAGUUCUUGAGCUACUUCACUGGAGCCAUCGCCUACCUGAUCGAGGUUGCCUGUGUCAUCUCUGCCGUCGUCAAGGACUGGUUGGAUUUCGGUAUCAUUUUGGGUCUGUUGCUCGUCAAUGCCUGUAUCGGUUUCAUUGAAGAGUCCAAGGCCGAGUCUGCCUUGGAUGCCCUUCGUCAAACUCUUGCCUUGAAGACCCGCUGCUGGCGCGAUGGCCAUUUGGUUGAGCUCGAUGUCGCUGCUUUGGUUCCUGGUGAUAUUAUUGUCUUGCGUCUCGGUGAUAUUGUCCCCGCCGAUGGUCGCCUCCUCGGAAUUGGUGCUACUGGUGAGGCUACCGAGGGUGAUCUCUUGAUUGAUCAGUCUGCCCUUACCGGAGAGUCCCUGCCCAUUGCCAAGAACAAGGGCAAGACCGUCUACUCGUCCUCGAUUGUCAAGCAGGGUCAGCAGAUGGCUGUUGUUACCAAGACUGGUGGCAAUACUUUCAUCGGCCGUGCUGCCAACCUGAUCUCUAUUACCACCGAGGAGGGUCACUUCCAGAAGAUUAUCAACCGCAUCGGAAACUUCUUGAUCCUCAUUACCGUCGUCCUCGUCGUUAUUAUCUUGAUCUACCAGCUCGUUCAUUUCCACGGCGAUGUUGAUGGCAAGGGUGAUUUCCUGACUGUCCUCCGCAAGGUCCUGGUUCUCACUGUCGCUGCCAUCCCUGUCGGUCUUCCCACUGUCAUGUCUGUCACUAUGGCUGUCGGUGCCAAGCAACUCGCUGCCAAGAAGGUCAUCGUCAAGCGUCUUACCGCUGUUGAAGAGAUGGCCUCCGUUUCUGUUCUCUGCUCUGACAAGACCGGAACUUUGACCUUGAACGAAUUGACCUUUGACGAGCCCUACCUCGCCAACAACUACUCCUCCGAUGACAUCCUCUUGUACUCUUACCUCGCUGCCGAGGCUGGUGCUAACGAUCCCAUCGAGUUCGCCGUCCGCACAGCUGCUGAGGAACAGCUUGCGAUUCUCCAGAACCGUACCCACAAGCAUGAGGUUCCCGGCUACAAGGUCACUUCCUUCUUGCCCUUCAACCCCUCGACCAAGUUGACCCAGGCUACCAUCACCAACCUCGAGACCAACUCGACCUUCAAGGUCGCCAAGGGUGCCCCCCAGGUUAUUAUCCGUCUUGUUGGUGGUGAUGAUGAUGCCGUCCGUGCCGUCAACUCUCUUGCCAAGCGUGGUCUCCG